AACACACUUUUUUUUUUUUUUAAGUUGUGACUCUAAAUGAUCGGUUGUCUAAAUACGUGGUCAUAAUUUUUAUCAAUCGGGUAAGCCUGUUUGAUAUAAUUUAUGAAUUAAGUCAGCAUGAAAUACUCUAUCAAAGGCUUUUUCUUUGUCCAAAAUCGCUGCGAUUAUAGCUAUUCCUAGUAAACGCAGUUAUUAAUUGUUCUGCCAUACGGAUCAACUGAUGCGUUGAGUUUCGCAAGAUUAUUUUUUUUUUUUACCACGAAGUUGACCGUGCAAGGGAAGAACUUCGGUUAUGUUCGGGAUUUGAUCGCAAUGUAGAAUCCCUUUGUUUUGAAGAGUCCAUUAGAAAUAUUUUGUAGGGUAGAGUGGCAACACUUUGUAUUGAUAAAUGAGAUUUGACAGCUGACAAAUUACUUUUUUUUUUUGACGUUACAAUGCAGGUGUUGUGUUGAGUUAUAUAGAUUUUGAAGUUUAGUGUCUGGCGUAGAACAAAUGAAAAUUUCAAAAGCUUUGUAACAACCGUGCGCACUUAACCUAGUGGAACUGAACUCAGUAACGUAAUUAAAUGUUUAUUUACUUAUAAAAUACUUUUUUUGUCUUUUUAAUGAAGUCGUCAUCCGGAUUAGGUUACGCGCUAGAAUUCAGGCGUAAUAAUAAUCAUCAUUUAUUCCAUGAGACGUGUCUGAAAUUCAAAAUUUUAGUGAUCUAGCGCGUGCAGUUGUUGCCAGUGGGGCAAGUUAAUGUGCAGUGUUAUUUUAUGUAUGAUGUCGGAACAUGAUUACCAAUCAUUUCAGUCUUCAUUUCAAGGCGGAACGAUUGAUUUAUUUAUUGAAACACUCACAGGGACCACAUUCGAAGUGACCGUGUCACCUUUUGACACUAUAAUGUCCAUCAAGUUAAAAAUCCAGAGGGUUGAAGGUAUCCCCGUGUCGCAGCAGCACCUGCUGUUCGGCAUGCGGGAGCUGGACGACCGGGCCUGUCUGGUGGACUGCGCCAUCCACCACGGGGCCACGCUCAAGCUGGUGCUGUCCGUCCGCGGCGGGCCGGUGGGCACGCGGCGGCCGCCCUCCCUCGACGACCUGGCCUGGCGCGAGCUGCAGGACCUCGUCGAGAACAGCCGAGGGGAGACGGGGGAGCCGCUGCCCGCCGGCUGCCACGUCACCAUCCUGGUGUUCCGCGAGGGCGACCAGGUGAACCUGUUCCGGGUGGUGGAGAACGAGGACGGGACGUACUCCCCGCUGUCGGAGUCCGGGAGCGGCACCACCAUCAGGAACUUGUUUGCGGAGGAAGAUUCUGAAGAAGUGGACCAGAGGCUCCAUGAGAACUCCGUCACCAUGGCGAAAAUGAAGGAUCUCAAGUCAAGGCUGGAAACCAUGUCCUUGCACAGAAAGCCUAGAAGAUCAGCUCCACGUAUUGUGUCAGCCAAACGCACUCAGCACAAUCAAACUGUAACUCCUCGUCUGACACAGUCCCCCCACAAGCCUGACGCAAGGAACGAGCCAAGGCUGCGUGCCCAUAAAAACCACCUCUCUCUCCCUCCGAUCGGGAGCAACUUGAGUCAGCAGCCAUCGUACCUGGAGACUAGCUCCCUGUUGAGUGUGCAGAACUCGCGACGAAGCAGUGACAAUAGCAGUGCAUCAUCCACUUCUCUUCGGUCAGACGGUACCUGCCCCGACAUGCCGUUGUCGCUGUGCUGUGGGCCGGGCACGAUGGACUCCACCCUCCCGUCACUGGUGUCCACGCCCCAGCGCCUGGGCGGCAGGCGAGGGAACGGUAACGUGACGAGCCUCAGAGUGUUGCCUCAGCGGAGGAGUAGCAUCGACUUUGAGUGCAGCAGAAAAGUUCCUAUGGGCGACACCACCAAAAAUGCAUGCAGGACUGGUGAUGCAGCACUUAGCGAAGGCUCCAGCAUAAAUAUUUUGUCUUCGUCGGACAUCGCCAUCCUAGAAGAAGAUGGUGACGGUAGUCUCAGGAAAGGCUUCCCAGCAUCCCACAGCCCGAUAAGCAUGACUUCCAGCGAUGAGGCGACCGUCGCCAUCUCCCAGUAUCCUCAGGAGCGCGUCUCGACGGCCGCGGUGAAAAACAGUCCGAGUAGAUACCGCUUAUCCCACGUCAUCCUCGACGAAGACGAUAGGCCGAAAACAUCGCCCGAAGACUUGAGCCACCGUCAGAAGACGGCCCAGGAACUGUGCAACAUCCUGAGCGAGUCGAAAUGGCACAAGCGCAAUCCACGGAGAAGAGACAGGAACACGAGUAGCAUACCACAGCUUGACGUGUUGGGAAACCUGCAACGACAGAAACCUGCAAAUAGUAGGCUCGAGCCGAGCAACAAGUGCACCGCUUCGAGCCUGGCCGCUCUCGGCCACCUGUCGCUGGGGAAGGCGACGGCGUCCUCCCCGAAGUACGGGCGCAGGAGCGUGCAGAAGCCAGCACUCACGCCAGCUGGCUCUGUGGGCGCGGAGGGCAGCUCGGCACCGUGCUGGCAGCAAGGAGUGGAGGUGCGCAGGCGUGCCGCGCCUCCCGGGAAGCACCUGCGGCCUCGGUGCGCCGAGUGCCGCAAACGCCUCAACAUCACCAACGUGUACUCGUGUCGAUGCGAGAAGCUCUUCUGCUCCACUCACCGCUACUCCGAGCUGCACGGCUGCACCUUCGACUACAAGAGUGAAGGGCGGCGGCUGCUGGAGCAGGCCAACCCGCUGGUCGCCGCCCCGAAGCUACCGAAGAUAUAGCUGCCCUUCGUUGCAAUUGCAUGCGCUCCAAAUUUCUGUGCACUUGUCAAUUUACCUGUAGCUAACAUUUUUAUUUUAUAUGCAUUUGUUUGUUCUUUAACUAAUGUGUUUACAGUAUCCCUAUACCACCUGUAUUUUAGUAUUUGUUAUUAGAAUUAAACCCAGGUUUUACUAUUCCCAAAAAAAAAA